AUGGUUCGUAUCAGCAACAAAGAAAUUCCGAGUAAUAAAAAUGUUCCGAUUGGUUUGACAAGUAUUUAUGGUAUUGGUCGAACUACUGCCGAACAAAUAGUUAAAAAUUGCGGUAUUAACUUUCAUACCAAGGUAAAAGAAUUAAAUGAAAAUCAAAUAAAAGAUAUUAGUCAAGAGAUUAAGAAAUAUACCGUAGAAGAAAAUUUAAAAGAACAAGUGUCAAAAAUCAUUGAUAACCAAAUUAAACUAGGAACUUAUCAUGGUCUCCGACGGGAAAGAAAAUUACCUAUUCGCGGUCAAAGAACUAGGCAUAAUGCUCGAACUGCCAAGGGACACAAACGACUAACCGUAGCCAAUAAAAAGAAAGCCCCUACUCCGAAUGUUAAAUUACAAGUCCGAGGAAUUGGCUCCGCUCGCAACCCCGUAAUUGAAAAAAUAUUAGAAGCAAAAUCUUUAAAAGUAGAAGAGAUAAUUGACGCCACUCCAAUUCCACAUGGCGGUUGUCGUCCUCAAAUAAUUAACAAAAAUAACCCUUACAGUUCUGCCUUUGUUUUUCACCAUUUAUUACCAAGCAUGGGAGUAACUCUCGGUAAUUCCUUGCGGCGUUUUCUUUUAGAUUACACUACUGGAAUAGCAAUUUGGGGAGUUGAAAUCUCAGACAAAAAUGGUUCUAUCCGAACUAAACUAGAAAGUUUGGAAGGGGUAGACAAAGUAACUCCUUAUUUGAUUAUGAAAUUGAAAGAGAUUAUUUUUGAAGAAAAAGAGUCCAAAAAAGAAAAUUUUAUUCUGGAAAUGGAUAUCGAAAAUAAAGAAAAAAAAGACCGAAUAAUUAGGGCAGGAGAUUUUCAAAAAAUUAAUGGGCUGGAAAUUAAAAAUCCGGAACUUGAAUUGGCAACCCUUAGUUAUCGCCAAGCAGACCAACAAAGAGAAGAAAUUAAAGUUGAGGAAGAAAACAUUAUCAUUUUAGACACUAAUUACUCACCGAUUAAGGGCGGACAAGUAAAUUUUCAAGUGGACCCAGUAAUUACUGAUUUAGACCAAAAAAAAGAAGAAAAGUUAAUCCUUACUUUUAAUACUAAUGGUUGUGUUAAACCAAAAAAAGUGCUUCAAGAAGCCCUUGAAGUGGCCUUAAACUCUUUUAGUCACAUUUCAAAACUAAUUGAUGAAAAGAAAAGAACCAAAGCUUCGAAAGUUUUAAAUAACUUAGUAGCCGAUACUAUUUUAUACGAAAAAAUAGAAACUAGUUUACCAAUGGCGAAAAGUUUAACUAAAUUGCUCGCAAAGUUGGUGGGAUAUGCCAAGCAAGAUACUUUACAUUCUCGCCGAAUGGCUUUGCGUUAUUUAGUGAAUAAAAAACAUUCCGGAGUAGUAAGUAAAUUAUUUACGGAGUUAAAAAACCGAUAUCAAAGUAGAGAAGGUGGUUAUAGUCGAAUUACUAAGUUAGAAUUAAGAAGAGGAGAUGCUACCUUAAUGGUUGUCUUUUCUUUGGUUUAG